AUGCCACAUCAGCCGUAUCUGCUGCCAGCUCGGAGCGUCGCUGCAGUGCUGCAUACCCUACGCAAGCAGCACGCACCAACGGUGGCCCUCCACGUGUACUGGAGGCUGAGGGCGGCUGGACAGCUGUCGUUUCACUGCAAUGACGUGGCACUCGCUGCGUGCUGUGGUGUGGAAACGGAUUAUAGACUGGCGGAGUAUGAGAGGGCGGAGAGGCGGCAGGGGAGCGGGUGGGGCAGGGGAGGUGCGCAGGGGACAGGGGGAGCGGCGGAGAUGAGGUUUCUGGGGAGCUCUGAUGGAGAUGGGUUGCUGGGGGGGGAGGAGGGAGAGGAGGGAGAGGAGGGAGAGGAGCGGGAGGAGGGCAAGGAGGGAGAGGCGGGAGAGGAGGAAAGGGAGGGAGGAAGUGAAGUUGGAGCGAUGGAGGAGGAAAUGGUAGGGGAGGAGGGGGCCGAGGGAGGCGAGGGGGAAUGGGAGACGGGUGGCAGCAGCAGCAGCAGCAGCAGGGGAAACGGCAGGCACAGCAAUGGGUGGCACAGCGAUGGGUGGCCGAGCAUCAACUGGCGCAGCAGGGGCAUGCCCCCGCCGUGGGUGCUCACGAGUCCCACCGUGCAGGCAGCUCUGGGCACCCACGCGCCUGCCCCCGCCCUGCACAUGCUGGCCGCGCAAGGCCUCUCCACAGGGCAGGGAGAGUUGGAGUCCGCUCAAAUGCCAGCGCUGCACAUGCUGGCCGCGCAAGGCCUCUCCACAGGGCAGGGAGAGUUGGAGUCCGCUCAAAUGCGAGCGCUGCACAUGCUGCCUGGACAGGGGCUUGUGACAGGGCGCAUGGGUGAGGGGGAAGUGAAACAAGGGGCCAGGGGGGAGGCGAACGUUCUAGAGAGUGGACUGGGAGAGGUUGGUCUGGUGGAAGCAGAUGGUGCUGCUGCUGCUGCUGCUCUCUUGCUCUCUCAUCAAGCCACCACUCUCCCUGGCCCCUCCCCUCACUCCCAAGCAUCAUGUACCUCUCAAGCCUCCCCAGCCGACUGGCCAGCCAUGGAAGCACGCUUCCCCGUGCUGUCCGCGCUGAUUAGGUUCGAGGAGAGGUUCGGCAUAGGCUCGAGCGCGUGGGAGGAGGUUCGGGCGCUGGGGCUGUGGGAGAGAGCAGCUUUGGAGAUUCUGGCCGAGUCCCGGGGCAAGUUGCAGAGGUUCGGAGGGGAGCUGGCUCGGCCGUACCACAGGGUGCUGAUGGCUCUGGCUCUGCGAGGGAGGGAGGCUGAGAUUGCUCAGAGAUGGUGCGCACACCUCACAACCGCUACUGCGACUGCCAACCUGCAUUUCUCUCCUCUCCGCCAACCCCACCCCCACCACUGCCCCCAGCAGGUGCAGGCAUGGAUGGAGCAGGACGGAGUGACUGAGGCGCCCAGCUUCCCCGCGCUGCUCUCACGCUUGAGCCACCUGGGCCAUUCAACGCCCCUUGCUGCGUCCCACGUGCCUCUGCUCUCAGUGCUCACCAGCAGCCCUGGUGAGUGA